AUGGCUGACCCGGGGCUGGAGGAGGAGCUGUGGCUGUAUGGAGGUUCUCUGGCUCGUGAUGAGGAGAAUGGAGCAGCUGCAGGGAACACCCCAAGUUUGGGUGCACAGCAGGACACGGGUGCUGAGAGGAAGGACACCACCGAGGCUAAACAACCGGUCACUCAGAGCUGCAGUGAUACCGAGGAGGACAGUGACAAAGACAGUGAUGAUGAUGAUGAUGAUGAUGAUGUGAAGGUCACUAUUGGAGACAUUAGAACUGGGCUUCCAUACUGCAUGACAUCUGAAGGCAACCUAAGAACCAAUAGAGGCUACGGGACUUCAGUAGGUAAGCAGAGAGGAAUAGAUUUUACUUCUCCUGGAUGUAUAAAUGGGUUACCGGUUUUGGAGGUUGAUUUGGAUUCUUUUGAAGAAAAGCCAUGGCGAAAACCAGGUGCUGACCUUUCUGAUUAUUUCAAUUAUGGCUUCAAUGAAGCAACAUGGAAGGUGUAUUGUGAGAAGCAGAGACGGCUUCAGCUGGGACUGGACAAUGGCUAUCAUCCCUGCAGCAAGGAGAACAGAAUAAGGGUGCAGCAGGGGAGAACAGGCAGAGCAAGUAAUGGAGCAGAACCUGAAUCUGAAAGCAGCGCUGGAUGUGAAGGAACAACUAUACCAGAAAAUACAUCAAAUAGGAAACCAGGAGGAACAAUGGAUGUGGUUUGUAACAUCACCACUGUCGAAGGAAGAAGAUGGGACUGCCAUGAGCCAGAAGAGAUUCCCAUUCAGGUAGAUCACACAUACACACCACAUCUGAUUCCACAACAUCAGCACCCACCUCCACCCCUUGUGCCGCCACCUCCCAUCACAUCAAAUCCUCCUCCUCUGUUUUCUGGUCCUCCUCCUCACUUUCUUCAGCGGCCUCCUCCUACCAACCAAAUGCCACCUCCCCUGCGGCCGCCAGCCUUACUGCCGCCACUGAUGCCCCCUCCACCAGCACAUCAUCCACCUGUAAAUGGUCCCCCUGUUCCAUACAACAGCAGACCUCCUAUACGCCAUGGGUAUAACUCAGCAGAUCCUGCUAUCAUGAGUUAUCCUCCUGUUUCGAUCAAUCACACCCCUUGGGUGACAACCAUGGACAAAGGAAACAGCAGCACGGGAAGGAAUGAUUGGCUACUGAGGAGAGAGCAAGAAUGGGAUCUGGGGAGAGACAGGAAGCACACCCCUAAUAACAGUUAUAGGAAUGAGGGAAGUCAGUACUCCUACUAUGGCCAUGGCAGGAGCUCUGAGUACCAGCCAAAGUACCAGCGCAGUCGGGAGGGCAGUCGGGAGCGCAGUUGGGAGCAGGAGGACCGACCAAGAGGGGAGCACCGCCAGCGAGACAGAGAGGAAAGGAGACAUAAAUCUUCUCGUCGCAAAAUGGAUAGUGAGGAACGUGAGAAUCACAGGCGUCCUAAGCGUAAGAAGAGCAAGCGGGGAAAAGAGGACAAGGGCAGCAGCGAUGAAGUGAACCGUGAAUCCAGGGAGUAAAUGUCCAGAGAACCGUAACUCCAUGGUGCCGGGGUCGUUUCCAUCAGAAAUAAAGCUAUACUGAUGGUGCACCUGCUUUAAAAUAAAGGAUAAACAAUGGAAUGCCUUGUGGAUGUGCAGGUCCUUUGUUUACAGUAACUGUC